CCCCUAUCCCAAUCGAAUUCAACUAGAGAGGGAGCCCAGCACAAGCAGGAGCAGCCACUCCCCCAACUCAAAUCAAGCAUGGCCAUGGCGGCCGUGGGCAUCGCCGGCGGCGCACUGGCGCUCCUCCUCCCGCAGCAGCGUGGCCGCCGGGGCGGCGGCUGCGCGGUGUCGUUCAGGCGCGCGGGGGCGUCGGUGACGGUGCGCGCGUCGUACGAGGCCGGGGUGGGCGUGAUGGCGACCAAGGUGGGGAUGAUGACCUACUUCGACCCGGAGACGGGGAAGCCGGUGCCGGUGACGGUAGUCGGGUUCCGGGAUGGCGGGAACGUGGUGACGCAGGUGAAGACGGCGGCCACGGACGGGUACGACGCCGUGCAGGUCGGGUACCACGGCGUGCGCGACGACAAGCUCACGCGCCCGGAGCUGGGCCACCUGGGCAAGGCCGGCGCGCCGCCGCUGCGCCACCUGCAGGAGUUCAGGCUCACCACCGUCGACGCGUUCGAGCCCGGACAGGAGCUCGACUUCGCCGAGCUCUUCAAGGAGGGCGACCUCGUCGACGUCUCCGGCAACUCCAUCGGCAAGGGGUUCCAAGGUGGUAUCAAGAGGCACAACUUCAAGCGUGGGUUGAUGACUCACGGUUCCAAGAGCCACAGGCAGCUGGGUUCCAUUGGUGCUGGAACAACGCCGGGGCGCGUGUACAAGGGGAAGAAGAUGCCCGGGAGGAUGGGAGGAACCAAGACCAAGAUCAGGAAGCUCAAGAUCGUCAAGAUUGACAACGACCUCCGGGUCGUCAUGAUCAAGGGCGCUGUGCCAGGGAAGCCCGGCAACCUCCUCCGCAUCGCGCCUGCCAAGAUUGUUGGCAAGAACAUCCCCAAGAACUAGAAUUGUUUUUGCUGAUUUUUUAGUGUUUCCCUACCCUGCUGCAAAAUGGAUGUAAUUUCAUCGCCAAUUGACAGUUUUUGUACACACGAAGAUUAGUAAAAAACAUCCUCAUAUGAGCGUUGUCAUCCGUUCUGCUGACAGCUUGUUCA